AUGGAACGUAAUGCUGCAAACAUCCCCCCCUCUGAAAUUCCCCAUUCUCGCCACAACAGAGUUCGUCCCAAAAGCAGUGUCCAAUUUGAUGAUAACAUCAUCAUACAUGAGAACAAUGCCAAUCUCAUCUAUAUUAAUGAUCCCAUCAAGACUAAUGAAAAAUAUGAGUUUGCUGGGAAUGAGAUCCAAACUAGCAGAUACACUCUUCUCACCUUCUUGCCCAAGAAUCUCUUCAUUCAGUUUCACCGGGUUGCUUAUCUCUAUUUCCUUGCCAUUGCUUGCCUGAAUCAGCUUCCUCCACUUGCUGUUUUCGGCCGAACCGUGUCCCUUUUCCCCCUUUUAUUUGUGCUCUGCGUCACUGCUAUCAAGGAUGCCUACGAGGAUUGGCGCAGGCACCGAUCGGAUUGCUAUGAAAACAAUCGAGAGUGUCUGGUUCUUCAAUCAGCUCAGUUCUGCUCCAAGAGAUGGAAAAAUAUACAGGCCGGUGAUGUGGUUCAAAUCUUUGCCAAUGAGACGAUUCCUGCUGACAUGGUCUUAUUGGGGACAAGUGAUCCGAGUGGGGUUGCCUAUAUUCAGACAAUGAAUUUGGAUGGGGAAUCGAAUUUGAAGACCAGGUUUGCCAAGCAAGAAACAGCUUCAGCAGUGUUCCCAGAUGCUUGUGCUGUCGCUGGAGUUAUUAAAUGUGAGCCACCAAAUCGGAACAUUUAUGAGUUUACUGCCAACUUGGAGUUCAAUGGCCAUAAGAUUCCCCUUAACCAGUCAAACAUUGUACUGCGUGGUUGCAUGCUGAAGAACACGGCUUGGAUAAUUGGUGUUGUGGUUUAUGCAGGACAGCAAACAAAAGCAAUGAUGAACACUGCAGCUUCCCCUUCCAAGAGAAGCAAACUGGAAAGUUACAUGAACAGAGAAACUUUUUGGUUGUCAGUUUUUCUUUUUAUCAUGUGCGCAGUUGUUGCCCUUGGGAUGGGUUUCUGGCUGGUACGCCACAAGGAUCAGCUUGACACCUUGCCUUACUACAGAACAACAUACUUAAACAAUGGGCCAAAUGAGGGAAAGAAUUACAGAUAUUAUGGGAUACCAAUGGAAACAUUCUUCUCAUUUUUGAGCUCUAUUAUUGUGUUUCAGAUAAUGAUACCAAUAUCUCUAUAUAUCACAAUGGAGUUAGUUCGUUUGGGUCAGUCAUACUUCAUGAUAGAGGACAGGGAUAUGUAUGAUACUAACUCUGAAUCAAGGUUCCAGUGUAGAUCAUUUAACAUAAAUGAAGAUUUGGGUCAAAUACGCUAUGUGUUCUCCGAUAAGACAGGAACUCUGACAGAAAACAAAAUGGAGUUUCAGAAAGCCAGUGUACACGGAAAAAGCUACGGGAGCUCCUUGCUUACAGCUGAUAACAAUACAGCAGCAGCCAAUAGUGGUAAACGAAGACUGAAGCUCAAAUCUGAAAUUGCUGUUGAUUCUGAACUAAUGGCAUUGUUGCAGAAAGACUCAAAUUUAGAUGAAAGAAUUUCCGCUCAUGAGUUUUUCCUUACAUUGGCUGUUUGUAAUACUGUGAUCCCCAUUGGUAGUAGUAAUAAAGUUUCCACUUGCGGAAAAGAAGAACCAGAUGAAGACAUAGAAAGUAUUGAUUACCAGGGAGAGUCUCCUGAUGAACAAGCUCUAGUUUCAGCUGCCUGUGCAUAUGGAUAUACUCUAUUUGAGCGAACCUCCGGAAAUGUUGUUGUUGAUGUUAAUGGUGAGAAACUGAGGUUGGAUGUAUUGGGCCUGCAUGAGUUUGAUAGUGUACGAAAGAGGAUGUCUGUUGUUAUCCGGUUUCCUAAUAAUAUAGUUAAGGUGUUGGUUAAAGGUGCCGAUACUUCAAUGUUUAGCAUUUUAGCACCUAACUCUGAAGGCAACUACAUACAACAUGAAACUCAGAAUCACUUAACUGAAUAUUCUAUGCAAGGUUUAAGAACUCUUGUAAUUGCCUCCAAGAAUCUUUCAGAUGCCGAAUUUGAGGAGUGGCAAAACAUGUAUGAAGAUGCGAGCACUUCAUUGACUGAUCGAGCUUCAAAACUACGUCAAUCAGCAUCUCUUUUAGAAUGCAACCUAAAGCUACUUGGAGCAACUGGAAUUGAGGACAAGCUGCAGGAGGGUGUACCUGAAGCCAUUGAGUCCAUGCGGCAAGCUGGAAUCAAGGUCUGGGUUCUUACUGGUGAUAAGCAAGAGACCGCAAUUUCAAUUGGUCUUUCUUGUAAACUUCUGAGUGGAGAUAUGCAACAGAUAAUUAUAAAUGGCACUUCAGAGGUUGAGUGCAGAAAGCUCUUGACUGAGGCUAUAGCUAAGUAUGGGUUGAAAUCUUCAAGUAGAGAACAUCUGAUUCUGAAGUACAAAACUGGUUCUGGACAUUGUCGCUCUGAUAUCCACAAUGAUGAUGGCUUGCCCAAGAGGAAUGGAGGAAAGGAAGGAGCUACUGCUCCCUUAGCCCUCAUAAUUGAUGGAACCAGUUUGGUUUAUAUUUUGGAGAAGGAACUACAGGUUGUACUAUGCUGCCGUGUUGCACCCUUGCAGAAAGCAGGAAUUGUUGAUCUGAUAAAAAGCCGCACAGAUGAUCUGACAUUAGCAAUAGGGGAUGGGGCAAAUGAUGUGUCAAUGAUCCAAAUGGCAGAUGUUGGUGUUGGAAUAUGUGGGCAGGAAGGGCGUCAAGCUGUAAUGGCAUCAGAUUUUGCCAUGGGGCAAUUCCAGUUCUUGAAAAGAUUGCUUCUGGUACAUGGCCACUGGAAUUAUCAGCGUGUCGAUAUCCAGAUAGCUAGAGAAGCUGAGACAAUGAGAAAACAGCAUGAUGAUUUGCAGUCAAAGCCACCGGCUUCCGAAUAG